AUGUCAGGCUCGUUUCCUCGAGUUGUUGUUACUGGUAUGGGUGUUGUGUCACCAUUGGGCGUUGGGAUUCGAACACAUUGGCAACGUUUGUUAGAUGGUUAUUGUGGUAUUGUAAAACUGAGUGACACUGCAUAUGAUCCAGUUCCGUGCAAGAUAGCCGCACGUGUCCCAUCGAAUGAACUUGAUUUAUCUUCAUAUCGUCAAACGAGUUAA